UCCAGCCUCCUCCUUCCCUCCAUAUCACCGACCUUACUGGCUUGCUUGCAGUUAAUUCACCAGGUGCUAGCUAGAUUACAUAUAUAACAUGGUGGAGUCCCGGGCGGCGGCUGUGCAGGAGCUCCGGGCGAGGUUCGCGGCGGGGCAGACGCGGCCGGCGGAGUGGCGGGCGGCGCAGCUGCGAGGGGUUCUGCGGAUGGCCACGGAGAUGGAGGCGGAGAUAUGCGACGCCCUCCACGCCGACCUCGGCAAGCCCAAGACCGAAGCACACGUCCAUGAGCUAUCUCUGAUCAAGUCGUCGUGCUUGUUUGCCUUGAAGAAUCUCAAGAAAUGGAUGAAACCCCAGAAGGUUCCUGCAAAGCUCAUGAAUUUCCCCUCGACGGCGAGGAUUACGCCAGAGCCCCUCGGCCUCGUGCUCGUCAUCUCCGCCUGGAACUACCCUCUCUUGCUGUCCCUGGACCCGGUCAUCGGUGCGAUCGCCGCCGGCAACGCCGUUGCGCUGAAGCCGUCUGAGGGGGCACCAGCCAUGUCGUCGCUGCUGGCCGAGCUGCUGCCGCGGUUCGUGGACGGCACCUGCAUCAAGGUCAUCGAGGGCGGCGUCAAGGAGACCACCGCGCUCCUAAACCAGAAGUGGGACAAAAUCUUCUACACAGGCAACAGUAGAGUCGGACGCGUCGUGAUGACCGCAGCGGCCAAGCAUCUGACGCCGGCCGUCUUGGAGCUCGGUGGCAAAUGCCCGGUGGUUGUCGAUUCAAACGUCGAUCUCCACAUUGCUGCCAAGAGGAUCGCUGCUGGCAAGUGGGGUUGCAACAAUGGCCAGGCCUGCAUUGCUCCUGAUUUCAUCAUCACCACACAGGCUUUUGCCCCAAAGCUGCUCGAGUCUUUGAAGAAAGUUUUGGAGAAGUUCUACGGGAAGGAUCCACUACUAUCAGCGGACUUGUCCCGCGUCGUGAAUGCCAGCCAUUUUGGCAGGCUCAAGGGCUUGAUGGACGAAGAGAUGGUCUCCGACAAGAUCGUGUUCGGCGGGCAGAGGGAUGAACAGCAGCUGAAGAUCGCCCCUACAAUAUUCCUAGAUGUCCCUCUCGAUUCCGCCAUCAUGAAGGAGGAAAUAUUCGGGCCCUUGCUUCCGAUCCUCACGGUUGACAAGAUCCACGAAAGCUUUGGUCUCAUCAACUCAAUGGCUAAGCCACUUGCAGCUUACCUCUUCACCAGGGACAGUGAGCUCCAGAACCAGUUCGAGGGGGCCAUUUCUGCAGGAGGAAUGCUCUUCAACGACACCAGCAUACAUCUCACAAACCCAUACCUGCCAUUUGGAGGAGUUGGGGAGAGCGGCACGGGCGCCUACCAUGGGAAGUUCAGCUUUGAUGCUUUCAGCCACAGGAAGGCAGUCAUGAAUCGAGGCUUCGCCGGGGAGGCCAGGGCUAGGUACCCGCCCUACUCGGCACCAAAGCUCAAGAUCCUCAAAGGAGUGCUUGAAGGCAAGCUGGGAGACAUGAUUCAGGCUAUCCUGGGGUUCCCAAGAGGGAAAUGAGCUCACCUCUUCAGGAUGCUUGGUAUAUUGUAUGAUCAAACAAAAAGAUAAAUAAAAUAUCCCAUAGUGUGCUUGCUAGGCACCGUUCUGUUUCAGACAUAUCGCAAAGGGGCAACAGCCUGGUAGUAUUGUUUUAUAUUUGAUCACCUUGAAGAUACAACAUGUAAGUAUCAUAAAUGUUCGGUCCGGGAACUGUCCAAUGCUGCUUUUAUUUCUGGUAAUGGAGCACACAACUCAAAA